GCAGGCGCACGGGCGCGCUCGGGGCGACGGCAGAGCUGCCUGGCGGUGUAUUCUAGUUGUGGCGUUGCCGCUGGCGCAACAUUGAUCUGCAGGGCUGUGCGCUCGCUAGUCACUGGUGCGCGUAGGACGGGCGCUAGUAGCGAGCUGCCAGCGGCGCAUUGCCAUGAAGGACCUGCCGCUGCGCCCCGAGCCACCGCAACCGCUGGUCACUCUACCACGCGAACUGCGGCUCGUUCAAGUGGGCGAUGGUGAACUGGUUCCGUGGGAUCAUACGAGCCAAAGCUACUUGGUCAUGGAAAGACGGGAGGCUCCAGACGGCGACCGCCGGCAAGUAGUGCGGGCCCGCAGCGUGCGCCGCCGCCUCUUCGGCGACGACGAGUCGGCCGGCCAGGACGGCGGCGCCGGCGGCAUCGGCGACGCCGGGCGCAGGCGGCGCCGCGCGCGCUGGCCGGACGACCCGCUGGCAGUCUACGUGUUGCGGCCCGCCCAGGACGUCGCCGACAAGAUGGCCGCCGAGGAGACGGCCGCAGCCACCCGCCGCUGGAACUUCGACUUCGUGAACGAGCGCCCGCUGGAGGGCCAGUGGCAGUGGGAGAAGGUUGGGGAUGAGGCGGACGGCGCAGAGGCCGAGAACGGAGGUCCCCGGGAGGCGGAGUCCGUGGACGAGUGCCACUCUCCGCAGCGCUGAGCGCCGUCUACGUCCGCGUCGGCGUGGCUGGUGGCUGCCGCCGCCGGCUGCCGUCGUCACCGACUCUAGUCUACGCAAAUUCUCAAAUUUUGUGAUCUUUUCGGUAAUUGUUUAAAGGCUUUAAUUCCACCAAUUAACGAACUGAGUGGAAACCUCUCCGUAUAUAUAUAUGCUUGUGAGCUAUUGUUGGUGUGCCAUGGAGGAUGCAUAUCAUGGCGUUUUAUUUCCUUUGAACCUAUUUAUAAAUUUCUAUUUCUAUGAUAAUCAACACACGUAAAAAUUUUGGUUAGAAAGCCUCCAAAAAAAAAAAAAGUCAGAAGUGAGAACAAGAAGAAUCAUGUCCCACAUACUAGCGCUAUCCGUAUCAAUACCAAUUGUUGUGCUUGUUGUCUUUUCAUUUUGUAAAUGUAACGUGUUAAUGUUUUACAAAUUUUAUCUAAAUAAAGUAAUAUUUGUGUGUAUUCGAAAUAUAAGGUAAUUUACUCCAGAAUGUAAUCGUUGUGUAAUGGAGAGAAAUGAUUAAUUCGUAGCACUAUUCAUUGCUCCACUUCUUGCUUCCCAUCUAAAUAUGUGUUUAGAGUAAUGUUCCUGCAGCUGCUUUUGCGCAGUGUUGUAAUGCAGACUUCACACGUGUAAUCUGCAGUUGUUAGGUGUCUUCUUUAACAUUUGUGUACCAAGGUUUCUCGCAUGAAGACGACCAGUAAGGAAUCGAUUCAAGUAUAACACAGUUUCCUUUGAAGAAGAAUGAAAGAUAGGUGUUUUCCAUGAAUGUGUACUUAAAAAUUAUUUUGUAUGUAUUAUCAAACAUCAGACAGCUAAAAUCCAAAGCAAGUGUAAAUAGUUUAGUGUUAUCAAUUGUAAUAUAGUAAAUAAAUGGCAGUUGUUUAAAUACUA